GCCUCCGCGGCGCAGUUCUCGCACCUCCCAGGCCCCAGGCCGAAAUCCGCGAGCCGGUGGCGGAAGAGUGAAUGUGGCAUUCCGCUCGCGGGCGGGGCAGCCGCCGGGUCGCCGCAGGCCGCUUCGCGCGUGUGUGCAGCGGUCUCGGGCUCGGAGGAAGCCUUCUCCGCGCCCGCGCCGGUGUGGCGCCCAGCCUGCGGGUGGUCCAGAUGCCAAUAGAGGAUCCGAUUACCACUUGUCUUUCUCCCUCAGUCUAUGAUAUGAUCUGUAAACUCGGGUUUGAAGUCAGAGAAAGUUGUGAUAUCAGUGGCAUUGUAACUCAGAGGGGUGAGGUGUGCUGGCCGAGCAUCACAGCCUGUGUGACUUACACACAGUCAGCCCAGAGUCUGGAUUACCGGGGCACUGUGCGGCUGCUGGGCCCUGUGUGUGAGGCCGUCCACCAACAUUUGUUAUCUCUGACCAAGGGGGAGUUUGACAUUCGAUACGUGCCGUGGCUGCAGUGGACAGCUUUUCCAGAGUUAUUUCCUGAAAUAUUUGAUGCUUUGGGAAGCCUUCAAUGUCCCGCUAUUCCUCUUGGCUUAAUGAAACUGACGGCAUGUCUAGAACGGGCUUUGGGUGAUGUAUAUUUACUGAAUGGGAAGGAAUGCCCCUUUCUUUUGAGAGAUCUGCUUGCGUCUGAGGAGCUUGCUGCGGUCUUUGGGCGGUCUGUGAUGGACGUGCUGAAAGUCUUCGUCGGGUCUCCAUGUGGACUCAACCUGCGUAAUACCCUGUGGCAUGGCUUUGCCUCACCUCACGAGAUCCCCCCAAAAUACUGUUCAAUGAUGAUACUGUUGACCGUGGGAUUGGGUCAGCUGCUGAAGAGUUACUUGCAACAAACUAAACUUGUGUUGGGACACCGACCUUUCAUAGCUCUUACAAACCUUGAGGAUUUGGCCAUUUUCCCUGACGUUACUUCUGAGGUACUUUCAGUGUUAGAAGAAGUGGUGAGGAAAUCCACUUUCAUAUUAAAGGUCAUGUUGCCGUACUGGGAAGCUGCAUUAAUCGGGUUUAGGUCACACAGGUUUGCUGACUGUGCCAUGUUGUUACUGACACAGCUAGAGACGGGACUCAGGAGAGUUUUUGCCGCUGUUAACCAAUGUCCAAAAAGACUUCUGACCGCUGAGUCCACGGCUCUUUAUACCACCUUCGAUGAAAUAUUGGCAAAACACUUGGAUGAUGGUAAAAUCAAUCAGCUUCCUCUUUUCCUUGGAGAGCCUGCAAUGGAGUUUCUUUGGGAUUUCCUAAACCAUCAGGAGGGCCCCCGUAUAAGAGACCAUUUAAGCCAUGGGGAAAUCAACUUACCUGAAUUUCCGAAAGAGGCAGCAAACCAAUUGCUUGCAUUUUCCGUUGUACUUUUACUCAGAUUCACUGAUGAAGAUCUGUCAGCAGCCCUUAAGGAAAAAGCAGCGAUAAAAUCACUGGUUGGUCUUGCAGAGGGUUACCACGCCCACUUCCACCCAGUUUCUCAGCUUAAAAAACAGGUGCUGAGCUGUGAGAAGAGCAUCAGGGUUUGGCCCCUCCUGCCUUUGCCUGAAGAGGCCGAGGAGGCAGCCAGAUUAGAAGGUACUUCUGAAACACAGGCCUGCGAGGCUUUAAUCACAGAAAUCCUGAGAGCGCUGCCCCCCCACUUGCCCGAGAGCCGUGGUGUUGUCAGCGACUGGGACAGUCUUUCCGCCGAGAGGUGGCCCCAGGUGAUCCAGGAACUCUGCGGCACCCCUGUCCCAACUCUCUUCUGUCCCAGAACCGUUCUGGAAGUGCUCACUGUGCUCCGAAACAUCAGCACACAUUGCGCCCGCGUGUCCAGCCAGUUCGCUGCCUCUGUGGAGCUGAGAUACCAGCAGUGGGUGGAAAGGAGGCUGCGCUCCCGGCAGAGGCAGACCUACCUGCACAUGCUCACUAGUAUUAAGCUUCUGUCUCCUGUGCUUUACCUGAUUUUAUUGCUGAUUGCCCUGGAAUUGGUCAACAUUCAUGUGGUUCAUGGAAAAAAUACUUAUGAAUAUCAACAGUAUCUAAAGUUCUUAAAGUCGAUCUUGCAGUACGUGGAGAACCUGGUGACUUACACCAGCCAACAGGAGAACAAGUGGAACAAAACGAUCAAUCUUACACAUACAGCUCUGUUGAAAAUUUGGACUUUCAGUAAGAAGAAACAGAUGUUAAUACAUUUAGCCAAGAAAUCCACAAGUAAAGGAGGCUUAUGAAAACCCUUAGAAGUCAAGAUGCUUUUGGCUACAUCUGAAAACUCAGCCUGAAUAGGCUUUACUAGCAUGGAAAUUGAAAAGUCAAAGGUA